AUGCCGGUACUGACUUCCGUCAACUUCUCGGCACUCAUUGUAACUCAACUCCCUUCAAAACUUCUAAAGCCAAGAGCCAAGAUUUGGGGACAUGGUUUCUCUUCCGUUUCCAAGUAUUUCGGUACCGAGCACUUAAAUUUUGCUUUAGACCCUUCACUCCAUCAUCUAUGUCGGGGGCGAACUCUCGAAAUUUUAUUGCUGGGCCCCAUUCUUGAAGUAAUUGCAUCGCUCCAAUCAGCUUUCUGCUUUUAUCACACCAAAAGUCACGGUGAAUUUUGGACCUAUCAACGGUUGAAUUCGCGCAUCAGGAGCCCGAGAAAAGAACUCUUGAUCAAAUGUAAAAAGGAAAGAAGAAAAGGCCUUUCCGGGUAUAAGAAGGACUUUGUUUCGAUAACAGUGCCCGUUUCAUUGAAGGUCGGUGAAUAG